AUGGCUGUUCGGCCGUUGCAGAAACGACAGAGAACCGUGGAGGACUUCAACCAGUUCUGCACCUUCGUUUUGGCCUAUGCAGGCUACAUCCCCUACCCUGAAGAGAAUGAGCCCUGGACCCACGGAGGCAGCAUGAGUCCCCAGAACAGUACGGGCAGCACUCAGGACAGCGAUAGCUGGGCCUCGUCCCACUCCGCUGACUGCCACCUCGUGAGCUGCCCUGCCUUCCCCACCAGCUUCUACGAUGUCCGGCCCCAGCAAACCAAACGGAAGAAACCACCAGCAAAGAAACUCAUUUUGGAGCAGGAGGUGGAGAAGAAGGUGCCACUGGGCACUGGGAAGGGCUCUGGGGCAGAGCAGGACGGGGUGAAGGAGCUGGCUGCACUGGAGGGACAGGUGCCUCCCGUGAAAGAGCAGCUUUUGGAGCCUUCCCUCAACCCGGCUGGGGACCCCCAGCCCAACUCCCUCCUGGAGGAGCUGAUGAAGGAGGAGAAGGACUGGAUGCACGGAGCGCAGGAGACCGAGAAGCCAGCAGCAGAUGAUCCUCAGCUAAAGGAGCACGACCCCUGCUCUGGAGGGAGGAAAAGCCCCAGUUCUUGUAGUACCUUGGACCAAAGCGAAGGGGAAGAUGCAAGCAGAGGGAGCUCCCAGCUUAGUGCAGUCGAAUUUGCAGCAGCUCCCAACACCAAAGCAGAAGACGACGAUGCCUGGGAUCUGAUCACCUGCUUCUGCCUGAAGCCCUUCGCAGGGAGGCCCAUGAUCGAAUGUAACGAAUGUGCUACCUGGAUCCACCUCUCUUGUGCCAAGAUCCGUAAAUCCAACGUGCCUGAGGUUUUCAUCUGCCAGCGAUGCCGCGAUGCCAAGCAGGAGAUUCGCCGCUCGAACCGAGCUCGGACGGUGCCCCGCAAGCGCUUCUGUGACUGAAGCUCCUCUAGAGCAGGGAGGCUGGGGGUCCCCUUUUU